CAACACCAGAUUUAAAUUAGUUAAGUUUUAACUAGUACAAUGGGAGGGACUGUGUAAUCUUAAGACAUUUAUGAUAAGAGAAAGUAAAACUAAAACAGGAAUACUCUCCGUAUGAUCUCUUGUAUCAUCUUAUUUAUUCACACUCUUGAAUUAAAGCAUUUGUGUCCUUCAGAGAUGAAGUUUAUUUGUUUGACCCUCUUGAUUAUGUGUGGAAUUACUUAUUCAAGAUCAGAGCAGUAUGAAGUCGUGGGACCUGCAGAUACAGUAUUUGCUGUAGCUGGUGAAGAUGUGAUUCUGCCCUGUUCAGUUAAACCCAACAUAAGUGUUGUGGACAUGAGAGUGGAGUGGUUUAGACCUGAUCUGAAAAACGCACUAGUGUAUCUCUAUGAGGAUCAUGACGACAGAAACGCAGAGCAGACCGAGUCCUACAGAGGGAGAACAAAACUGAACCAUCAAGAACUACAGAGAGGAGAUGCAUCACUUAAACUCUCAUCUGUCCAAGUCUCUGAUGAAGGACGUUAUAAGUGUUUUAUUCAGUCCAAAUCCUGGUAUGACGACGCUACUGUUGAUGUCAGUGUUGAAGCUGUUGGACGUCCUCCAGUGAUCACUGUAGAUGGAUUUGAUGAUUCAGGAGGGCUUCAUCUACAGUGUGAAUCUGAAGGUUGGAACCCUGAACCUGUCCUUGAGUGGCUGGACAGUGAAGGAGCCAGCUUGAGUUCAGAAACUACAGGGACAAACAGAAACACAGAAGGAUUCAGUGUCAAACACUCUAUCACUGUACAUCACAGUGUCGGCAAGAUUCACUGUAGAGUGAAACUGAGAAAUCACAAGCUGGAGACACAGAUUAUCACCUCAAAUAAAAGGUUUAAUCCUUGGAGGACAUCAAUCAUCUUGAUUUCAGCUGUUGUUUUACUCAUUGUGAUUGCUGGAAUGCUGAUAGCAGCAUUUUUAAAAAAAAACAGAAAACUUGAUCAACUAAAUAAUGAGAAAAGGACAAUAAAUCAAGAACACGAUCAACUAGAGAAGGAGAAGGGCAGAAUAGAAGAAGAAUGUGGUAAUCUACAGGAUGAGAUAAGCAGAAUACAACAAGAAUACGAUGAAUGCAAAAGGAGAAUAAAGCAAGAACUUGAUCAACUAGAGAAGGAGAAGAGCGCAAAAAAACAAGAACAUGAUCAACAUUUAAGGUCACACGCGGAUAUCACCAUUAAAAUAAGAAGAUAAAAAAAGACCGGUGUUUUUUACAAUAAGGUGGAGGUGAAGGAGUGAAUUAAGUGCUAUGUAACAUGAAGAGGUGGAACAGUCCUAAAGAUAAAAACUGGACUGUGGGUCUUAUUAAUGGGGUGCACUGGGCUUGUGAUUCUCCAUUUAUCUUUCUUUUUCUGAGUGUGGAGCCUGAGAGGCUGUUUGAGGAUUAUGAAGAGGGUCUGGCCUCCUUUUAUGAUGAGUCCAUGCCUCAUAUCUACUCUUACACUUGUCAGUCUAAGAUUCAAUUUUUGCAUCCUUAGAAAUUAUUAUUAUUAUUAAUUUUUAGAUUUUUUUUUAACUACUAUAAAUAUCUCUGUCUAGAUCACUGUUACUGUUGUUUUAACACUUACUUUUACUACUCUAGAUGUAAUCCAUCAUUUCAAUUUGUCUUUUUUCUGUGCUUGUUAUGUCUCAUUUUAGCACUUCACUGUGCUUAAAGUGGUCAUGAAUUGCAUUUUUUAUUAUUUUAUAAUGUUCUCUGAUGUUCACUUUUAAUGUUAGUUUCAUUUUACAUAAAAAAUAAAUGAAUAAAUGAGUGAAUAAAUAAAUAAAUACAUUUUCUGUCCUGUUUUUGUGCCUCUUUGCAGAUCAGUCUGUUUUUUAGGCGGACGCAUUCAAGAUUCUCAAGUAAAAACCCACUGCUUGGAUGACAGUUUCACUUAUUAAAAUAACAGAUUAAUGCUGCUGUGACAUACCCUGAAAACAACAUGGGUCAUUUGUAUAGGCUAUUUAAAAACAUAUAAAUACUUAAUAUUUAUCAAACGGUCUGGAACAGACAAUGCAAUAGUCGUAAAAACACAUUUGUGUUGUGACAUUACUGUUGGAUCCACUCUGGUCAGACUCAGCACUGCAUCAUCUUUUACUUUCAGUCUCUCCAAAAAGCCUACAUUCUUGUUUAAAAAUGAAUCUGAAAAGUAAAGCAAGGCAAACAAACAAACAAAAAAUGUUUCGCUGUCACGAUCUGGAGCUCUUUCCUAAUUUUACCCCGUUAUACUGGACGCAAGUGGCACAGUGUGACUAGACAACAGACCCCAUAAUAAU